UUUCCUUCGGCAAGAACUGUCGUUGUUUAGUUUACCAGUAAAACACUUAUCGAAGAAGACAUUUCUUCAGAAAAUGUAUUAUUCGGUCGGCCGUGACUUGUGUACGUCAGAAAUGUAAUUAAUUUUCAUUGCAAAUGCCGUAAGGUGAUAUGCAAACUAAUUAGUGGUUUAGCUUUUGGUGAGAUAUAUUUAACUUCUACGAUGAAGGAAUCAAAUCGUCGAUCAAUUCUGGACGAAAAACGAUUUAAUUCAAGACAAAAGAACGUCUGCAGCCGACAGAAAGAUCACAAAUUGCUGCAUUACUACGUUGUAUGAUAACACACUAGUCACGCAUGAUUUCAUCGAUGAGAUUUAUUUUCAGACCAAAGACGGAUUGAGAGCAAGUUUAGAUUUUCACGUUUAACAAUUGUGCAAGCAACAUCAAAACUUCGAUGAUCAGUGAACCAGUGUAAUGGGAAAAUGGCUGAAAAUACUAUACGACUUGGCCAAUACGAACUUCUCAAGUAUUCUUUUGGUGCGUUCCUAACUUGUUCUGACGUAGCAACCGACAUAUUGACAGCAACAACUUAUUACCGACAGCGACAGUUUAUCUGGUUUGGCUUUUGCUUGGCGUUUGCAGUUUUGCCAUCGUUCCUAUUAACACUUGCAUACCUCUUGCAACGUUGCAAACAAGAGAGCAAGAUUGUACUGGUGGGAAAAUUUAUUUUCUUUGCCAAUCCAUGCGGAUCUGGCUUUCUGAAGAUGAAGCUUCUACUCGUUUGUUUACGGAAUUAUGACGAAGUGCGAAGCGUCCGGGGUUGGCUCGUGGACGACGAAAAACUUCGACAGGAUUACAGAGCUGAAAAAGUUUAUCACUAUGUAGAAGGCCUUUUGGAAAACAUGCCGCAAAUUAUUCUUCAGAUUUACGUGACAGUCAUUCAAGAGCAAAAAAUUUAUCCGAUACAAAUUUUCUCGAUUUGUGUUACAUUUAUAAACCUCGUUUGGGUAAUGACCUUGUUCGAGUACUGCAGCUUUGUUAAAGAGGCCACAGUAACACAUUUUUUGGCUAUGAUAUUUUACAACGUUUGCCUUAUCGCAGCUCGUGGGAUGUCAAUUGUAGCUUUCCUUGUUGCUUUCAAAUGGUUUACCUCAGCUGUCCUGGCUUUCCAUGAGUUGAUAUGCAUAACAAUUUAUGUCUAUAGAAAUCACAAAUACUUCAGCGAGAAAGAAGUUUGGUGGAUUGCUUUGCUACUUAUGCCAUGCUACGUAUUCGUUUACCUGGGAUUUAAAGUAAUGGAUCUCAAUGCCAAAUUGUUCGACAUAAAACUUGGCAGAUCCGUGAUUUCUUCAACUCUCUUUUACUCUUGUUUUACCGGUGAAAACGUUGUGAUGAUUUUGCUGUUUUACUCAUGGUCAAAGACGAACAGUGACUCGCGGUGGAAUCCGUGGAUUUUUAAAGUUAUCACAACUUCUGUCAUUGUUUUGUCUGUAGUAGGGACGGUCAUACAAAUUUUUUUCACGUUUUCAUUCUUUCACAAACCAACAAGGGUGACGCCGGAUCCUGAGCCAGAAAUUCACGGUCUAGAAUCUUAUCAGCCCAUCGAUAUCCUUGUUAACCAAUCGAAUCCACAGGUAAAACCGCGUGACUCUAGAUAUAUUCCACAGUUUGUACCAGAAUAGUAAUAAAAAUUAAAUGAAUGAAAUGCACGAU